UGGUUUAACCAAAAGUCCAAAACACACAAUCUCUCUCUCUCUCUCGUUCUGCUCUUACUCUUUCUCCUUUUCAAGAAAGUCUGGGUGAUAGCAAUAUGGGGAUUUUGAAUGUUGAGGAUGAACAUCAAGCCACUGCUCUUACUCUUUCUCCUUGCUCAAAAUCCUGCGUGGUAGAGAUUUAUCAAAAGGGCUCAGAUCACGGCUACGAAGAGGCGCCGGCAGAGGGAAACAGAACGAAGAAAACUGUGCGAUUUGAAGAAGGGUGUAACCAGAUCGUCGUCUUCACUUCUGCGGCGGCGGCGGCGCCGCAUGCGUCGAAGAAGAAGGUGGUGUGCAUAUGCGCUCCGGCCACGCAUGCCGGCGCGUUCAAGUGUCGCCUCCACCGCGAGAACACGAGCCACAGAUUCCACGGCCACCGGCCGUCUUCUUCCGCGCCGUGGAUGGUAAAGCAUGGCGGCAGAGGAUCGUCGAAGGUUUCCCAGCAUGGCGGUGGUUUUGGCAACCAGACUCACCAUUCGAGACUCGUGAGGGCCGCCAUGGCUAAUGUCCACCAAGAGAAUUGA